AUGGAGUCCACAGCUGCCAUACAAACCAAGCCCAAACGAUAUAGGGCACCAAAGCCUCGUACUCCUGCUCUGCGGAGAGGGAAAGCGUGUUUGAACUGCCGGCAUCUAAAGAUUCGCUGCGACGGUGUGCAACCUAUUUGUGGGAACUGUGUUCGCCUGCCCAAGGACGAUCAAUGCACCUACAACUUCACCGCCUCUCGCCGGAAACGCAAUCAAGAACAUAAACAAGCUGACUCUGCUUGUUGUUCCACUGGCUUCGACUUUCCUCUGCCAGAUGAAUUCUCGGACUUUGCAUCAACCUCAAACCUUUCGACACCGGCUCUAUCUCCAGGAGCGCUUUCGUCAGACUCGUUAUCGGAGGUAGCCUAUGGCGAUUUUGAGCUACCGACGGAGACCGUGAACCAGUUGGUCAGAAGCUUCAUUGACAAUGCGCAACCCUUUGGGUUCUUCCUCGAUAUGAACUGUUUACGGACGGUCGCUACUCCCUCCGUUGAGCUUCUCCUGCUCCAAGCACCUCCAGCGAACUCGUUACUUUUUGCAGCAGCGCUGCUGGGUGCUCGUCUAGCCAACCACACACACUACGAAAAGAUACUCGUUCGACGGGCUAGCGAGUCCAUUCUGGCCGAAGUUUGCUCAUGGGAAUCAUCACAAUGCAACACUUCAAUGGCUGCAGAGACAAUCCAAGCGCAACUCCUCCUUGCGCGUUAUUUCCUUCUCGAUGGACAGACACUGGCCGCCAAAGUUCAGGUCAGCGGGGCGGAGGCGAUCGCAUUGGGUCUCGAGUUGAAUGAAGACCAUCUCCGGUCGGCCGCAUGGUGGGCCAUUGUCGAGCUUCAGACGAUGCUGGAUGUUCCUUCUCCCUCUCUACCUGCGGCAACCUCUUCUUUUGUCGGUCCAGUACCGAUGAUGGCAGACCGUGAACCAUUUUUCGCUGGCUUUUACAAGUCUGGGGAAAAUAUACCUCCCAUUUCGGAGCUCGAUUGGGAGUGGGCCGAGCAUGCGUUGGGGCAUUUAUCGGAUCCAAAUCAUUUCCCAAUCUUAAGUAAUAAUAACUUGUGA